AUGAGCUCAUUCAGCCGAUCAGGCGUGAAGCCGGAGGCAUCGGCACCUGGCAGAUCUUCUUCGCCCACCCCAUCACACUCUUCCCGCGCGAGGCGGCCGACUGCGCCGCCAGAAGAUUCCUACGAUGCCUUUGUGCGUGCUGCAAAUCCUGCACAUCCAGAUCACGCACAGUGGUUGGAGAGGUUCGGGAAUCGAUCGGGGGAUGCGUCGACCUCGCGACGAGGCUCUACCGCGCAAUCGCCCUCGGCGGCGAACAGUGUCCGCCGAAUGCAGACUUUGAACAAAGCUGAGAGCCUCAAGAGCGUACCUCGUGACCAAGCAGCUUCGGGUACGAAUGGGCAUGCAAAUGGCUCUGAGAUGAGGGAUGGCGGCGAGGCGGAAAGCGCCGGGGACAGUGCAAGUAGAGCGCGAAGGAAGAAGAAGCGCAGAGAUAAGGGCAAGAGAAGAGCCCUGCCGCCCCCCAUCCCCCCACCGCGAACAACCAGCGCGUUCCAUGGAGCAGCUGCACCACCUGGAGCGGCAACUGCGACAGAGCCAGCCCCUUCAAGCAAGGCGGAGUCUUCGCGCGGCAACGGUAUCCCGAAUGGGUAUACAGCCGAUGCGUCGCGGAACGGAGGCCACGAUACGAGAGAGCAAUCUCAUUGGGGCGCCGGAGGCGCUUCUCUCAAAACCAGCAUAGAAGGGCAGUCGCAGCUCUUUGAGAGAACUGACGCUGCGCGGUCUGUGAGGAUAGUCUCGCCUCGAAAAGGGCAGAACGCGCUUCCAGAAGCUCUCGCAGGGCCUUCCGACUCCCUCACUGCGCCGCUGCCGGCCACCCCGGCCCCCGUCGCGGAGCGCUCUGAUGUCUCGAACACCUUGCCCAAAGAAGGCGGUGCCGGGGUGUCGGAUUACAAUGGCGAUGUCAGAGAUGGUCGCAGUGACGUCGAGCAUCCGUAUGCAGGAAGGGCAUCUCAGUCGCCUGAUUUGCGUGACCUACCGCCUCGCUCAGGGUCCCGAGCUAGCAGCUUCAGGGAUGGCCGCAGCACGCCAAGCGCAUUGAGACGAGGGCUUGGGAACGUUAUUGCUUCUCUGCGUGGGGCAGGGAAAAAAGAGCGCGAAGCUGCAAAUGCCGUUCGUCGAGCUCAGGAAGAGGAGGUUUUGGACCGCAUGGCGAGCCCGACACUAGAUCAGAAGGAGUCCUCAGCCGUUGACCCUCAGGAAGCCAGCUCCAUUCUGCAACCUGCAUUCGUCUACACUCCCCCUGGUCGAAUCGAGUCCUCCGCAACCCCAGCGCGCGCUUCGCUCGAUUCCACUCGAUCGCUGCACUCAGCGCCUGCCUCUCCCUAUUCGAGUGGCAGCACCCUGCAGGCUCUUGGCCUGUCUAAUCCGCCGCCGGUCCGGACGUAUCGAAGCGGACGGACGUUUGUGGACAGGCGGCCGUUGAGCAAUAUCAGGGAUGCACGAGAAUCUGGCACAGAGGCGGAGAACGACGGGUUUUUCGAUGCUCGCUCGGACGACCCGGGCGGUGCCUCUGCAUCGCCCGCAUCAGAGAAAGACUCCCUGAGAGUGUCGCGCAGACGAUCCUUGCCGGCUACGUCUGUGGACUUGAGCGCAGGGCCGGAUACUUUGCCCACGAACGAACCCGCAUCGAUUUCACCCAUCAGCGAAGCGUCGUCAUCGAAAGAUCGUAAGCCGGCACGUCCACAACGUGCUCGAAAGAGUCUAGAUAGCUCGACAGUGGCCCGAGCGCACCGCAAGCAUGCGAUUGCAAAUGAGGGCGGGACGCCAAAGAUGCCUUCUACUGGAAUCAGCGAUACACUUCGUAACCCGCUGCAAGCAGAGAUGGCAAUCAGCGGAGACGACUCUUCCGCAGACGAUUUGCCGUAUGCCAAUGUGUCACACACAAAGAGCCCGGCGUCCCUACGUAGGAAGCGCUCUGCAUCCUCACACAAGAGUCAAGCCCAUCUUCAGCGCGAGCGAGAUUUGGUUGCCCAAGCGCAAGCUACGCGUCGCAGCUCGCGAGCCAGCAUUGGAUCCGCUUCGCGGCUGGUUUCGCCUGAUGCUGCUGAGUCUGUACCUCCACUGCCGGCCAGGAGUGCAGAAUUGAUCGCCGCGAGCUCUCCGCCGGCUGCGCCUCUUCCGACCAAAACGCAUCUUGCGGAUCUCGAAAAUGCCGCACAGAAGGACCUUCCGGACGAGCUGAGGCGGCAGCGACAACCGUGCGCCAACGAGUAUUUCAUCCCACCGGUCUACCAACGACCCAGCUCACGUGGUGGAUCGGCCAAUCAUGAAGCUGGUCGAUCCGCCGGCAGCGGUGCUGGACAACGCCUGCCCAGCGCGACCAGCUCGCGAAGCCUUGCAAGCAGCUUUCGUAGAGGAGGAAUGGUGUUUGGCUCCGAUGUUGGGCACAACUAUCCAACGUCCACAGAUCACGGCGACCCCGGCAUUUUCGAUGCUUCAGAGACGAGCAAGACUGAGGUUAUGAGUGGCGAAGCUUCGGUAAGUCCUCCCUUGCUGGCAAAGGUCUCGUCGCGAAGCUUUUCUGGACUCCUUGGUCGCAUGCGAGGACCCAAAUCCGCAUCCAGGACGGGCACCCCGACGACCCCCUCUGCAUCUGGCGAUAUGGCCGACUCCACCUUCAAGACGAACAGCGCGGAGUUGAGCCACGACCCAAGGUCGCCACUGGAAUCUCCCCCGGUCAAGAGCAGAGAGCCAGUCGGGCUGGGCAUUGAGUCGCAGACGUCUACUGAACGUAGGCAGCGAUCAGAUGGAACCGGUUGGAGAGCGCGCGUGGCUUCCAUCGCCUCCACCAAGUCGAUUCACAAAGCCAUGCCAGCGCCCGCGUCAUCUCCUCCCGUCGCAGCGCUGCCGACCAGACCCUCCAUGUCGACGGAAGCUGCAGCCGACGAAGCUGGAUGGCGCAGAAACGUUCUCUCCCAAGCAGUCGGGUUGAGCCUGUCACCGCGCAUUGCGCAAGACCACGAGCAAGCAGCAUCGUUUGAGCGCGAGCGGAAUGGCCGACCGUCCUUCUCGUUUGGACGCUCUUCUACUGAACCUAGCCGGACACCACGCCUUAAUGGGAAAUCAUCUGCUCGUCUAGCCAAAGUCACCGCUCGUGAUGAGCCUGCUGCCUCGGCCACAAUUCAUAAAUCCCUGAGCCCAGCCCUGCUAAACGACACUGGUCGACACGAGGCUGAUGACAUCUCAAGCAAUCUUCACGCAUCUGAAGAUGACGCCUUUGAGAUGUCAGCAACCUCCGCAGAUCCCAGUAUCACGAAGGCCAUUGGCCCAGCAUUCGCCCAGCACCUCGGAGGCCAAAAUGUUGGAGGUGGUGAAUUUAACGCUUCCGACAUCCCCCCUUCUCCCAUCGAGGUCUGGCUUGUACGUCCGAGCAUGGACCUGCUUGGUGUGGACGAAGCUGCACCGGACCCCGCCAGACCACCGCUCGCUGCCCGAGAAGCCGACACCCAACGUGACAGCCCUUCUUCGCCGCAAUCAUUGCUAGAGAGGCGCAAGUCGCGCUCAAAUAUGAUCAGCACACACCGACCUAGUCCACCACCCUUGCAGCUGAAGUCACCAGCGAGAGAGCAUCUUAUGGAAGGCCAAUCUGCAACCUCCUCGCCAGGAUUAGGUGCCGCCGCCCGAGGCAAAGUAACCCACUCCCAAGAUACGGUUUCGCUCUCGAACGUGUCACCCGAUCAAAAUUCAAGCAAAUCGCCAAAACUUCUUGCGCAGUUCCGCCGUGCAGCGAGUCAUGGGGUAGGCUCCGUCGUUGGGCUCGGCACGAGCAAGACCUUGCCGAACACGCCUAGUAAUCGCGGGAUAUCCUCCGAUCAUUUCUUCCUCGAGAACAAUGGCACCGUUGAGUCGGUGGCAUGGGAUAGUCUUGCCGCUGUCGAGGAUGCUACAAGGAUGCUCGCAGUGUCCGCCGAUCAGAUGAUCCCGACUCCCACUACCAUUGGGACGCCCGGCCUUGCACCCUCGCCUCACCGAGAUUACCCUUUCGUGCCUCAGACGGGCAAAGACUCUCGAUCGGGCGGAGCCAGUGAAGGCUGGAGCCCGUCCUCAGCAAAUCCUUGGACGUAUGACUCCGCUACUUCGAUGGAUAUGCGCGCCGCUUCACUCACCCACGACCAGAUUGGGCGGAGGCCUUCCACCAGCGAUGGUGCGCGCGCUCGCGCAGCCUCCACAAAGAGCAGCAAGAGCGCGCGCCCGGCGGUGGCUUCGCCCGAAUUGGACGCAUUCGGGGAAAUGUUGCGCGCUUCUGCUCGUGCAGAUGCAGCGAGAAUCAAAGACAUCGCUGCGCGAACCGCAGCCCAAGCAAGCUCAGCCAGAUAG